AUGUCGAGCAAACGUCCCCCAAGCCCUGACCUUAUCCCGAACCCGUUUAUUAAGAAACGCAACCUCGAAUGGACUCUUGCGGCUCCCCACACUACUCUACCCACACCUCCAUCGCCAUCACACGCCAAGUCCGCUCCCUCAACCGCCGCUAUCGAGUCCGGUUCUGUACAGGUCGACGACCACCUCUCUCACUUUACCACUCAUCUGGCUGCACAUAUAUCCCCUUCCUCACCGUCCCCACCCCUGUCCGUUUCAUCCUACGCGUCUCUUUACGCUGAUGCAGCUGGGAACUCUCGCGGCGCUCACUUCGUCAUCCACCAACAUGACCAUCCCAUCGCCGGUACCCACUAUGAUCUCCGCCUCCAGAUUAACGAGACGAGUAGCGCGAGCUGGGCCAUCAUGUAUGGGCUCCCUGGGGACCCAAACAGUCUUCGGUUGAACCGCAAUGCGACCGAGACUCGAGUCCACUGUCUGUGGAACCACCUCAUUGAGACAGCUUCUACUGCUACGGGAUCUCUCCUAAUAUGGGACACAGGAACGUACACUGUCCUCCCCCGCAAAAGCAAGCACGCUCCCUCAUCUGAUCCAUCCUCCCAAACGUCCUCCGCAUCAUCAUCACAACAAGACAACUCUACCGCUACUCCCUCACCGACCCCGCAGAACCUUCUGCACGCAGCCUUCCAAAACCGAAAGAUCCGCAUCUGCCUCCACGGUUCCCGCCUACCCGACCCUUUCGUUCUUAAUCUGCGCCUCACCAAGUCCGAGGACGCCGCAGGCAGGGCCCGCGGCGCCCGGACUCCCAUGAACCGGCGUCGCCGCCACCAGGGAGGCAUACCGCAACAACAGCCAGAGACAAGCGACGAGGAAGACGAGAGUGAUGUGGCGAUUGACGACGACGAAGAUGUCCCCUCAAGCGCUGACGGGAUUGUAUCUGGGGAGAACCUGUCUCUCAUGGAACGUGAGAUUCGCGAGCUUGAGGACGAGCACGACCGGCGUACAAACGCCUACCCGGGCGCCCAAAACACCAUUGGUAGUGUCCAUCAGAGAAGGUGGUACAUAUCGCUCGACCGGCGGGCCUGCGGCUUUGUUAAUAGGCGGACCAAAGGCCGCUCAGCGUGGGAGUUCGAGGGCCCGAAUAGUGUCUCUCAUGAUGGGGGAAGGGGAUGUCUAAGCACUGGCAGUGACCGCCUAUCCUUCCCCUUCUACGUCCGUGGUACAGAAUACGAACGCAGCGUGGUGACGGGACGGCGCGGUGCCGACAUACUUGAAGACGAAGGCGUCAAAAACUUCGUACCGCGAAAGGGGUGGACACCCGUCUUGAACUGA